UGACUGCUGUGUUGAGAGGUGUUAACUGUUAUUAUGUUUUCUUGGCUUGUUGCUUGUGAAUGAUUCAUCUUCAAUUAAAAACAUGAGGUGUGUGUACACUCAGGUAGGCACAAUAUGUUGAACUUUGACUCUUUAAAACAAAUGCCAUUUGCUUUUUAUGUUAGGCAGUUAUUGAAAUAUGCAAUGAAAAAAAAAGAAGGUCACACUGUUACAUGCAACACGUGACAAAAGUGCACAAAAAAAAACAAAAAACAAAAAACUAAUCUGGCUGACAUCAGCAGUGUGCACAGGUAUGUUUUGGAGGGAAAGGGUGUGUGUGUGUGUGUGUGUGUGUGUGUGUGUGUGUGUAUGCGCGCCCUCCCUUUGCCAUCUAAAGCAGGAUAUUGACAGUCCGAGAGCAGCUGUCAGUGUGUCGCAGGUUGUGAUAAGGAACCGCUUCUGCAAGUCAGUGUCACUGUGAAGACAGGGAAGCAGACGAGCGCUCCUCUGAGAAUGUCAGGCUGUCUGGCUGUGUGUGAGGUGGACGGGAGUCUGAAAGCUAAACUGGACAAGUUCAGAUUUAGAAAAGAGACCAACAAUGCUGCCAUAGUCAUGAAAAUAGACAUGGAGAGACAUCUUAUAAUCCUUGAGGAGGAAUAUGAGGAUAUCUCCCUGGAUGAGCUGAGAGAUGAACUUCCAGAGCGGCAGCCCAGAUUCAUCGUCUACAGCUACAAAUACGUCCAUGCUGAUGGCAGAGUGUCUUAUCCUCUGUGUUUCAUAUUCUCCAGUCCAAUGGGGUGCAAGCCUGAGCAGCAGAUGAUGUAUGCAGGCAGCAAGACUCUGCUGGUCCAAGACGCAGCGCUCACAAAGGUCUUUGAAACAAGAAACACGGAUGACUUGACAGAGCAGUGGCUGAAGGACCAACUGGCAUUUUUUCGCUGAUUCUGACUAUUCAUCUUCCAGCAUCGCUUAACUGUCAAGUGUCAUUAAUUGCAACUGAAUUUUCACUUGUUUUAAAUAAAUAUUCAUGCUUAUGCACCUUAUUACCAUUAAAUGGCGUUUUAACUCAA